CUCUCCUCCCGUUCUUAUAUCAUGUCGACCUCUCCAGCCGAUGCUCUUAUCACCUCUACCGACCCUCUUCAUCCCGCGAACCUGAUCCCCGAACUCUGUAGAGGAUUUUAUCACCUUGGUUGGGUAACGGGUACUGGUGGCGGGAUCACUAUCCGAUAUGGUGAUAAGGUAUACAUUGCGCCCUCGGGUGUCCAAAAAGAGCGCAUCGAACCUACGCAUAUCUUCGUCCUUCCAUACCCACAAACGCUCACUACAACCGGGGACAAAAUCUUCCUGCGCAAACCCACAGUCAACCUCAAAGAAUCUGCCUGCACCCCGUUGUUUUGGAAUGCCUUCGAUUUGAGGGACGCAGGGAGCUGUAUACAUACCCACUCUCAAAACGCGGUUAUGGCGACAUUGAUGUGGUCAGGUGAUGUAUUCACCAUCUCGCACCAGGAGAUGAUCAAAGGUGUCCGUAUCGGUGGAACCGGAAAAGCGCUCUCCUAUCUCGAUACGCUUGUCGUUCCUAUCAUAGAGAACACUCCAAACGAGGAAGAUCUCAAGGAUAGCAUGGCUGAAGCCAUGGUCAAGUAUCCGGAGGCCGCUGGCAUCCUUGUUCGUAGACAUGGCGUCUAUGUUUGGGGGAGCGACUGGGAGAAGGCGAAAACGCAGACUGAGUGCCUCGACUACUUGUUCGAGCUUGCAGUCAAGUUGCGUCUGGCUGGUAUACCGACUGGACCUAAGUCGGCGUGAUCAUCGUUACAUGUAUUUGCUAGAGCCGUAUGAAUAGGUAGAUGCGGAAGAGUGUAUGUUCUGGUGGUGUAUCUAGAGACCAGAGUCGGAGAAGUCCCAUCACAUUGUAGCUACCAUACCGGAAUACGGAGCCUACGUGCUACUUGCAUCACUGAUGCUACAGUACUGUUGAUCUUUUUGUACCCAAAGACAUGGCGUGGUGUGUAG